AUGCAGGCUGAUGAGUGCACCAUUAUUGAUGAAGCAGUGAACCACAUCCUAAAGCUGAAGAAUACUUUUGAGAAGCUUAAACGGAAAAAGCUAGAAGGUCUUCAAGAACAUAACAUAAGAUUGAUGAGUUCACAGAAAUUCCCAGAUGUUGGUAAUAGUUGGGAGAAUUAUUUGGGUGAUCAAGGAACGACGAGUAAUUCAUCUUUUAUUAAACCAAAAAUUCAUGGUGCUACUCCCCUUAUGGUGAAUAAUAAUAUUCCAACAAGUUUUAUGACGUGGAGUUCACCAGAUAUGAUACUAAACGUUUGUGGUAAAGAUGCACAUAUUAGUGUGUGUUGUCCUAAGAAACUAGGGCUAUUUACCUUCAUUUGUUACGUUUUGGGGAAACACAAUAUUGAGAUUGUGUCUGCUCAAGUUUCACCUGAUCAAUCUAGAACCAUGUUCAUGAUCCAAGCUCAUGCUAAAGGUGGAAUUGGCAUUGCUCAAUUCUCCGAAGCACCCACAGUGGAAGAAAUAUACAAGCAAGUUGCAAUUAAGAUAAUGUCCUUUGAAACCCCCAAAUGAUCGGUAUCCAUUUCAUCAGUCAAA